AUGUUCCUCAACACGCGCUCUCUCUUCAUCUGGUGCCUUGCGGCUCUGCUGGAAGUAGAGGCUGCCAAUCUGCCUUCCAAGUCAAAGCCCGUUGCCAUAUCUCAAUACCCAACUAGCGAUGCUGGAAUACCUUUGGAUUCGUUCAUGUCCUUCUCAUUCGAGCUGUCUUCAUGGCCUGAUUUUGCCGGUAUAGACAUUGCAAUUUUCGAUGCCUCGCAAAAGACCGGCCUCGUGGGCGUAGUCCGUCCAAACAUCUCCGCUGAUUAUCCUUCCAUCAUCACCAUCGGACCUUCCUUCUUCGACUCGUACAAAACCAUGCCCAAGGGAGUCAAAUUUACCCAUGGUUUCAACCUCGGUGCCAAUUCUUCUGCCGCCCGAGCAGCCACCCUUGCUUCUGCCCCUUACGCGUGCAAAGCCAUCGGAAACAACCUCGCUUACUUUGAGUACGGCAAUGAACCUGAUCUCUUCUGGGCAUCUGGCUAUCGCCCCAGAAACUACACCGAAGCUGACUAUGUGGAGGAAUGGCUAAAUGGAACUUCACACAUCUCUGAAGCGGUCAAAUCCGCCUGUCCUUCCCUCGCUGGGACUGAAUUCAUGGCACCUAGUUUUGCGGGUGUGGCUAACAACUCGUACUUUACCCUCGACCCCCUCAAGGCGUUCAAGGAGGACUUGAACGCAGCUGGCAACAUCGGACUCAUCUCCUCGCACAAUUACAUGGGUGUUUCCACUGACCCUGGCAUCACUCUGCAAGGAACGCUCAUGAACCACUCCAAUAUUAUCGCAAAGGCCGAGACUCAACUCGAUGUGAAAAGAAACAUUUCUGCGUUGGGCGGCGAUCUGGCUCCUAAGGUUCCGUUUAUCUUGGGCGAACACAAUAGUCUCGCUAGACAAGGACGACCCGGUCUUUCGAACACUUUUGGUGCGGCGCUGUGGGGUGUUGAUUGGAAUGUAUAUCUCGCAUCUCAGAACAUCAGUCGCAGUCACAUGCACCAAGGCACUAAUUACCGCUACCAAGCCUGGCAACCAAUCACCACAAACCUGACCACCAUCGGCACAAAACCACCUUACUAUGGCAAUCUAGCCGUAGCAGCCAUGAUGCACAAACCCUGCAACACCUCUUCACUUGCCAUAACCCAUCUCCCUGCGUCAUCAGCAAACACCUCAUUCUACACCGCUCACAUCGACUCUACGCUUUCUCGUCUCCUGAUCGUCGACUUGCACACCUACAACACCACCGCCAACAACUUCACCACUUCCUUCCCUCGGCCCGUCCAAACCCAUCAAUUCGUGCUGCCUCAAGGAUGCAAAAGCGUUACAGUGUCAAGAUUGAUUGCGAAUGGCAGUGAUGCACUCACGGGAAUCACUUGGGAUGGAAAGAGCUAUGCGUACGAGUUGGCAGAGGGAAAAGGUGUGAGGAUGGCGAAUGUGACGCAGGGAGAGUGUGUGCAGGUUGAUAGGAAGGGAGGAUUCAAGGUGGAUGUGCCCUGGAGUAGUGCCGCCAUUGUGAAUUUGGAGUGUUGA